CUCCUGCAAAUUGGGAAAUAACGUGGAUAAAGCUGUAAACUACUCGCAGACAUCAGUUAUAAAAGAAGGAAAUGGUAGAAUGGUGUGGAUCAUACCCUACAUUCAUCUUCCAAAACAACUAAAUGCAGCAUAGGGCUUCAAAAUACGAACAACCAAUGAGCGAUAUCACCGCAGACAAAAAUAUUUUCGCCUGGACGACAAACUAACCAGCAGGCAAAAACAGUUUGCCAUUUCCGAUGUACAAUGCGGUGAUUCCAGAGAGAACAGGACGUCUCUAGAGAAUUACAGUGCGCUCAUAAAAGUGAUCCGAAGAUGAAGUGGCCAUUAGUGCUGACUUGUUUUCUGCUGCCGCAUUCGUGCAUCCUCGGCGCAUCGCAUGCCGGCUGCGAGUUUCCGGCGCAAUGGAACGGCCACUGGUUUCAAUCGGGGAAUCAGGGGUUGGUGACAGUGAACGGAUCCAUGAUGACCAGCAAGGGCCGCUGCAUCGAGACCAAAGACGACAAGUUCCUCACUCAUGACAAGGCGGAGAAAUGCUAUCGCUGUAUCGUGAUGCACAUGAAGCAUCCGAACGUCCUGCAAUAUAAGGAGACUUAUUGCACGGACGAGUCACCGAAGCCGAGUCUACUCUCGAUGUGCAGCAAGUUGACCAGCGAUACGAUUCUCAUUUCCUUGUUUCGUACGGGAGCUGCACCUAUGGCCUGUCCCUUCAAGGGUCCCUUAGAAUUCACUUACAGCCAUGGCGAAGGAGAAUGCAAGUUUCCGUUGUCCAUUGCUGAGACGUGCACACAGGAGUCGCGGUUGCUUCUGCGUUACCAGGCGUGCGCCAAUGUUUAUUCUUCUGAGAGUGUCGACGUGGAAUUAGAGUGUCUCGCCACGUGGAAAGAGGGCAGUACCUACAAUCUCGUCGCGCGGCUACACGGCGCGCGGAAGACCAACGACGAAGAUAGCUACAGAUGCUUUAUUUACGAGCAAACUUCGAACAACUCGUGGAAUUUGGCACAGAGCGCUGACGCCUCUUGCGCGGGAUUGAUCAGCAUCAAGGAAGCUGCCAGGACCUUUAAAUUGAAACAGAAAAAUUCACCGAAUCGCUGUACUUAUCCUUCGUGGGUGGUGGCGAACAAGUCAUGGGUGGCGCUGGAUCCGAUAGCGUCUCGACUGCAGGCAUCGCCUUACAAUAUGACGAUCCUCGAUCGAAAGGAGACACGUCUCGUGUGUCAUUCUGUGGUUCCCAUAAGCGACCGCCCCUUCAAUCCUGACAAAGAGAACCAAGUGCAGUACGUCGCCAAGGCUACCCUCGAUUGCACCAAUGGCUACGUGUGCCUGAUGUUCCAUCGAAGGGACGACCAUGUAAUAGAGAUGCAGCUGUCGGAAUGGAGCCAACAACCUGACAACGUGUGCAACUCCAGUACGUUCAACUCCCACUCGACGCCGUACACGACGUUCAUUGCAACCGAUCCGAUGACGAAGCAGUGUCCUAACCUGGGUCGUUACGAGAUCGUCUCCGUACUUCAUUCGCAUGUCGGCGAGAAUCCUGACGAGAUAUUGGGCGAGGAGGACGAACAGAACAUCGCGAACGCCGCCGAGGUGCAAGACGUCAGGGUCACAUCGACACCGUAUCCAGGACGAUGUCGUUACGGAAGUGUUCGCCGACUGGAUAUCGGUUGCAAGACACCGGAUCGCAUGGAGUUCGCCACGUCCUGCAGCGACGAGUCACCCUCGGAAUACUGGUGUCACGGAACAUGGAUCGAAAACGACACAGCAUACUUGGUGGCCAGCACAGACGUGGGACGUUAUUGUCUCGUUUACAGUGCAUCCGCCGCGGCGACAGGAAGUCGUGAACUCUCAGUGACGGGUCAUCUUGCUUCCUGUCCGAGACCCUCUCAUCGUCAUCUAGUAUCCUGGCAGGUCAACCUCACGUCGUAUGCGCAAUGUGGCGACAUCUCGACGGCCACCUCGUGGACCUUCCGGAUCUCGGCAUCUGUGUACGUUCUGUUGGUUCUCGGCAUCAUCUUCAGCAGAUAUAUCGCGAGGUGAUACCAUUGAGUGCAGGGAACGGGCCAAACAGAAACGGCCGUGUAGACAGCUACACAGAACGACGAGCACAGCAACUACAACAAAUCUCUAUAUAAAUAAAAAAAACGAAAAUAUAUAUAUAUAUAUAAAUAUAAAUACAAGAAAAAAAUUAUAUAUAUAUUAAACAGAACAAUUUAACGGAGAGUACCGAGGGA